AUGCAGCAAGACGAAGUUACCUCAUCCGUUCUCAGUGAGCAGUCCUGCAGCUUCCAAGUGAAGAUAAGUACGCAAAACUCGUGUCGCAAUAAGUACACCCACUACGGAACAGAACGGCGGACAGAAUCCUGUCCGAUCGCAUCCAGUUCUUACGCGGCCGUGCGGGAAGAAAGUGGUGCCAUAUUCCUGUACAUCGUGACAGUCGAUCGUAAUCCAUUUCCGGUUAAGCAUUGCAAGAAGGUGAAGCUUUCGCGCAACUACGAUAGGGCUCUUUACCAGCUUAAGCACCAUCUGCUGUACUGGGAACGCAGGGUACAAAAGAAAUGCAAGCGUCGGUUGAGGAAGAUAACGCAGAACUUGAUCCGCAUGCGUCGGUCAAAGGUCGAGCGGCGGAAGCGGUUGAAGAUGGGCAGGCACAAUAAUGCUGACAACUAUCCACGAACUUCAUUCGAACGCGUGUUUGCUGAAGACUCUGGAACUGAAUCGGGAGUAGAUGACUGUUUGAACACCGACAAUUACGAAUCGAACAUGUCCUAUAGCAUUGCGAAAUGCGAAUCGAAAAAUAAUGAAUGUCUUUCCGCCGGUUCUACUAAGAAGAGUGAUACUUCCGACAGAGGUCUCAAACGUAAGCUCGAGUUUGAGGAUGAAACUGAAUUCGAACGAGCUUUGUUUGUGGAAGAGUUAAAAAGGAACAUCAAUACGAAUGAAAUAGAGCAAGAACAGGAAAUAUCUGAGGAGAGCUACGAUACAGACAGUGAAAGUGAUUCGGAUGAGCCGACAAGUAUUGAGGUAGAAUUUGAAUCAGAUGACUACUCGGAUGACAUCACAGAAUUUUUAUCGAACAUGUCUAUUGACAUGACAUAAUGCGAAUCGAAAAUUGACGAAUUUUCGCCAGUACUAUUAAGAAGCGUAAUACUAAGCGUAUGCUCGAGUUUAAAUAUUUAUUAGAAGUUAUUCCAUCCAGGAAGAAUAUCUUACGUCAUUCAGAUAGGAAGUAUUAAUUUUCUUCGUUUUCUUAAAAAACAUGGAGAUUUGAUCUAUUUAUUAGUUUCUGUAGGUAUGCUAACCGCGAU